AAUCAAAAUAAAAAAAUCGCGGGAAACUUUGGACUCAUUGGCGAUGGGUUCUCGUAGCUUAUCACAGGAAUAUGAUUUCCCCGAUGAAGAUGACUCUCCAGUUAGAUCAUAUAGGGCAAUCACAAAACGUAUCAAAGAUGAUAAGUUGCAAACAAACCAGCCGGAUUUUGUUAGUGAAACGAACUCAUUGUUUCCCUCUACCACACAAGAAGUGCCAUUAUCAAACAUGACAUCACAAGAUGCAAAGUCAGUUUCUGGUGACAAGCUCAAUCCAUCAACUGCGAGUCAAAGAACAGUCGCUUUUAUGCAUUGCAGUAGAUUGAUAGAACUUUGUGAUAAAAUGUUGAAAAUACCUCGACGUGCCAGCAUGGUAUCGAGCUUGAUUGAGGCAUACAGGUUACCAAGCCUUCUUAGAACAGUACAACCAACCCCGGCCAGUUUUGAAGACCUCUGCAAAUUUCACCAGGAGGACUACUUGGAGUUUCUUCAGAAAAUCAGUCAACAAGAAGACAUUGAAAAAUAUGAUGAAGAAGCCCAGCUCUACGGGUUAAGUUAUGACUGCCCUGCCCAUCCUGGUGUCUAUGACUACGCCUCUCUGGUUACCGGGGCAACCAUACAGGCAGCAGAGUGUCUCAUGAACAAGACUGCUGACAUAGCUAUCAACUGGUUUGGAGGGUGGCAUCAUGGAAAGAAAGACAGUGCAUCUGGGUUCUGCUAUACCAAUGAUGUGGUUUUGGGAAUACUGAAACUGCGUGAGAAAUUCAACAGAGUCCUAUAUAUUGACCUCGAUGUUCACCAUGGUGAUGGUGUGGAGGAUGCGUUCUGUUCCUCCAACAAAGUGUUGACGGUCUCCGUACAUAAACAUGCUGUUGGAUUCUUCCCAGGUACUGGCAGUGUUUCAGAUGUGGGGAUGGGCAAGGGGAAGUACUACAGCGUGAACAUUCCACUACAAGACGGCAUCAAGGAUGCAGAGUUCUCUGCCCUGGUAUGCAGAGUGCUGCUGAAAGUUCGGGACCGGUUCAAUCCUGAAGCCGUUGUCUGUCAGUGUGGGGCCGAUGGACUGACUGGAGACCCCAAUGGGGCCUUCAACUUGACGCCCAACGCCCUGGGAAAGUGUGUCUACACUCUGCUGUCAUGGAAACGGCCACUGCUGCUUCUGGGGGGAGGAGGCUACAAUCAUGCCAACACUGCCAGGUGUUGGGCCUAUCUGACAGCUGUGGUCUUGGGAAGGAAACUACCUGAUGACAUACCUGAGCAUAAGUACCUUAUGGAGUAUGGUCCGGACUAUACACUCACGGUUACCCCAGGCAACCAAGGGGACCACAACACACAGGAGAGUGUGCAGGCACUGUACUCACAGAUUCUGUACAAUCUGAGCCAAAUAUCUUGAGACCUACAAAUCAGUUCACUUUGGAUUUGAAUUGCUAAUGAGUUGUUAUUUAAAGGCGAAUCAUGCGAUAUUCAAGACAUUCAGACAUUUCAAUAGAUGUUUAUAAGCGGUAGACCUUUUUUGUCAUGUUUAAUUUGAUCUUAUGUUUGGUAUGAGUUAACAUUUCGUAACACAUGAGCUGAAUCUGUUUCUGAGAUGGGAUUGUCUUGUGCAUCGGUGAUGUAAAGCAAUACAGAAUUUAUGUUAUUGAUUUGUAUAACUAGAAUUUCAAUAUUUGUUAUUAUGAAGUUUGUUGUUUCAAUAUUGGUUUUGUUAAAAUAUAUUAAAUGCUCAAGGUGUUUGUAUCUAACAUGUUUCUUUUCAAGUAUAUUUUACACCCUAACCCUUCAUAUUUAAAGGUUAUAAGAAAAUGGUAACAACUAUGUUCACAUAUUGCCAUAGGAGAGGACUGUGAAGGCUGUGUUUAUCCCAUGAUAUUUGUUAUAAAUAAAUAAUUGUUUGUUUUAGAUUAAUUUUUAAAAUAUAUUGCUAGAGUUAUGACCUGUAUUUGAAAUUCUGAAGUUGUAAAAUCCAUGUUUUGUCAUUUUGAUUGUCUUAACAUAAUGAAAAGAAAUAUUGUGUAUGAAACUUAUUUUUUAUUGUAAGCAUAAUUUAUCAAAUGUUAUAAUACAUAUAUUUAUUUUUAUAUCAGUGUAAUCAAUUUUCAUCAUAAGCAUGUUUUUAUGUCCCCCACUAUAGUAGUGGGGGACAUAUUGUUUUUGCCCUGUCUGUUGGUUGGUCUGUUGGUCGGUUGGUUUGCGCCAACUUUAACAUUUUGCAAUAACUUUUGCUAUAUUGAAUAUAGCAACUUGAUAUUUGGCAUGCAUGUGUAUCUCAUGGAGCUGCACAUUUUGAAUGGUGAAAGGUCAAGGUCAUUCUCAAGGUCAGAGGUCAAUUAUAUGUGGCCAAAAUCGCUCAUUUUAUGAAUACUUUUGCAAUAUUGAAGAUAGCAACUUAAUAUUUGGCAUGCAUGUGUAUCUCAUGGAGCUGCACAUUUUGAGUGGUGAAAGGUCAAGGUCAUCCUUCAAGGUCAGAGGUCAAAUAUAUGUGGCCCAAAUCGCUUAUUUUAUAAAUACUUUUGCAAUAUUAAAGAUAGCAACUUGAUAUUUGGCAUGCAUGUGUAUCUCAUGGAGCUGCACAUUUUGAGUGGUGAAAGGUCAAGGUCAAGGUCAUCCUUCAAGGUCAGAGGUCAAAUAUAUGUGGCCCAAAUGGCUUAUUUUAUGAAUACUUUUGCAAUAUUGAAGAUAGCAACUUGAUAUUUGGCAUGCAUGUGUAUCUCAUGGAGCUGCACAUUUUGAGUGGUGAAAGGUCAAGGUCAUCCUUCUAGGUCAAAUAUAUGGGUCAAAAUUGCUCAUGUAAUGUAACUUCUGCAAUAUUGAAGCUAGCAAUUUUAUAUUUGACAUGCAUGUGUAUCUCAUGGAGCUGCACAUUUUGAGUGGUGAAGGGUCAAGGUCAUCCUUCAAGGUCAAACGUCAUAUAGGGGGACAUUGUGUUUCACAAACACAUCUUGUUUUAUAUUAGGACACAUUUAUUUUUAGCAAAUAUGUCAUCUUAUAAUACAAAUCAGACUAAUUUGUUUAAAAAAUGGUUUGUAUUAAUUGUAAGAAAACAUUUGAAUUAAAGCACAUUUGUAUGCUUUGUUAAAUGUACAACUAAAAUGCAUUACAUUCAUUUUGACUUCAAAUAUAGCUCACAAUGUGGUCUUUGGCCUUUGAGUUUGAUUUUUAUGCAUUUGUCAAUGUAUGCAUCUUUCAAAACAUGAAUAGUAUGAGUGAUAUUUUACUGAAUAAAAAUUCCACUUACGAAUAAUAGGCACAAGCAUA